AUGUUGUGGGCCACAACUGGCGUCUUCGUCGGCCAUGGCUGCGAGGCACACUAUGCCACACUCAAGAAGCCACCACCACACCACUGGUCUCACCGACCGAAGACACGAGCAGGGCAGACAGCACACCUCGACGACGUCUUCAAGAAGAGCGCGGCACCCGAGUGCGUCGCCGUCGCCGGCCCCGGCCAGAAGCCCGAGGCAGAGCUUUCGCCCGGCGCUGCCACACCGUGUGCCGAGCCCAAGCCCGGCCGGACCACCAAACAGCCUCUCGCCGCAACGAAGCAGCCAGAUCCGGAGAACCCAGGGCCGGCCAGAGCCAGCCACGCACGCCUGGAGCUGCCGCCCCCCGCCAUCCGCCGGAUCCACAGCACCAGGAGCUGCCGGAGCACCACCAAGACGCCGCCGGGCCGAGCACCACCAUCCCGCGGGGACCGUGGCACCGCACAUCGCCACACCAGGUCCGCGCCCACUCAUCGCCGGAGCCGCGCCAGCCCACGCCGGAGCGAGCCCGUCGAGCAGCACCCGACUGAGCACCAAGUCCGGCCGAGCCGAGCAGCAUCACCACCCGGAGCAGCGGAGCAGCGCCGCCCCCGCUGUCGAGAACGGCGACCGAGGGGUCCCGCCGCCGCCGCGCCGCCAGGGCUUUGCCCGGGGACGCCUUCGGCGGCGGCGAGAGGAGAGGGAGGCGCAGUGGGACCUGCUCGAGCCCACAGGGGCACCCCGGUGCAGCCCGGCGCGGCCGCACGGGAGCGGGACAGGAAGAGGGGGAGGGCCGGACUCGAACUCCUCCGCGGGGAGAGGGCCGGCGAAGACGGCGCCGGGCUUCGGGAUAGAUGGAGAGAGGACGCCGGAAGGGUCCCGGAUCUGUGCUUGGCUGGGCCUGAGGUGGCCGGAGGGAGGAGAUCAGGUGGCGGCGGCGGCGCCUGCACCUGCGCGAGCGCGAGCGCGAGACCUUCUCCCAGUGUCCAAAACUAUGGCAAGAGAUCUUGAUGUGUUCUGUUGCUGGACCGCUCACGGGCGAAGAAUCUUUGGAUAACACAAACUCCAAUAGCAAAGGCCAGGCUCAUCAAUUUAGCACCAUCUUCAUACAGAAGGAGAGCAAGCACAAAAGAAGCUACAAAACUGAAUGACGUCUUAAUCCCCCGGCGCAGCAAAGCGCGCGUCAGCUUCUAGUUCUCAUUUUAUAUCUGAAAAAUUUCCAGUAGCGUUCCAUAUCUUGGUGACGUGUGUGUCUCAUCUUACAGCACAGAGCAGACUAGCCCAUGCAAGUUGAAGAACAAAGCUCCUUAGGCAGAUUUUUAGCCUGUUUUCUAGGCAGCAUAUAUCCAGUCA